UGGCGCUUUACGGCACUCGGCAGGAUCAGAGCCCCGCCGCCCGCCCCUUUAUAUAGGUUGGGAAAAGGAAGAGAAGAAAGAAAAGAAAGAAGGCAGGCAGGCAGGCAGCCCGAGCCGAGUGAAAGGGCAAAACACGCUUCUCUCUCCCUCUCUCUACAAGUGGGUUUCAGAGCGGGGCCGAUUGGAAUCCAGUGAUGUGCGGAGCUCCGGCGCUUUGGUGAGGACGAUAAUGGUCGGUUCGCUAGGGGUUCGCGCGUCUUACAUGGGGGAAGAAUGCCUGAGUUGCACAAGGGAGUGGCCCGAGGCUGUGCUCUGGUAGGCCGGCGCAGGCGGAAAGAGGAGAAGAAAUCGGAGCCUUUGGUUGGGAAGUAUAUCAAGACUCGGGCGGCGGUGGCCAGGGAAGCUGCUGAAGCGAAGGCUGCGGCUGGGCGGAAGCGAGGCCGGCCGGCGAAGAAGCGGAAGGAGGAGCCGGUGGUUGCGAUUUCGGACGAUAAGAAGAAGAAGAAGGAAGAAAGGGGCGAAAAAGAAGGCGGUGGGCUUUUUCCUGUGAUUAGAGCCGUAGGCGAGACUGGGGAGAGACAUAUAAUGGGGGACGAGAGUGGUGGCGUGAGUGCUAAUAAAGCAACGGGGAAAGAAGAGGAGGGCAACACAGCUCCUUUCCCGGAGAAGGUUCAAGUAGGAGGAUCACCAUGGUACAAAGUUGAGAGGAAGUUGGGUAAAGGCGGAUUUGGUCAGGUAUUUGUUGGCCGGCGUGUUUCAGGGGGAAAUGAUCGCACCACUGGUCCUGGGGCCACAGAGGUGGCUCUGAAAUUUGAGCACAGAAAUAGCAAAGGUUGUAACUAUGGUCCUCCAUAUGAGUGGCAAGUCUACAACACGCUUGGUGGAAGCCAUGGAGUGCCUAGAGUACACUAUAAGGGAAAGCAAGGAGAAUAUUAUGUAAUGGUUAUGGACAUGCUAGGGCCUAGCUUAUGGGAUGUUUGGAAUUCUUCAGGACAGUCGAUGUCCUCAGAAAUGGUGGCAUGUAUUGCAGUUGAGUCUUUGUCUAUCCUAGAGAAGAUGCACUCAAGAGGUUAUGUUCAUGGAGAUGUAAAGCCAGAGAAUUUUUUACUUGGUCAACCAUCCACAGCACAAGACAAGAAUUUAUUUCUUGUUGACUUGGGUCUAGCCACAAAGUGGAGAGAGAGCUCCAAUGGAAAGCAUGUUGAAUAUGAUCAACGUCCUGAUAUGUUCAGGGGAACUGUCCGAUAUGCUAGUGUGCAUGCUCACUUGGGUAGAACUGCCAGCAGAAGAGAUGAUCUGGAAUCUCUUGCAUAUACACUUAUUUUUCUUCACAAAGGCAGGCUUCCAUGGCAAGGUUAUCAGGGUGAUAACAAAUCAUUCCUAGUUUGCAAGAAAAAGAUGGCAACAUCUCCUGAAAUGUUGUGUUGCUUCUGUCCUGCACCACUAAAGCAAUUUCUUGAGAUUGUGGUGAACAUGAAGUUUGAUGAAGAGCCUAACUAUUCCAAGCUAAUAUCUCUAUUCGAGGGACUAAUUGGACCAAAUCCUGCUGUGAGGCCUAUAAACACUGAUGGUGCUCAAAAGAUUAUAUACCAAGUUGGUCAAAAACGGAGUAGGUUGAAUAUUGAUGAGGAAGAUGAUGGGUUGCCAAAGAAGAAGGUCCGGUUAGGAGUUCCUGCAACACAGUGGAUUUCAGUUUAUAACGCUAGGCAGCCUAUGAAACAGAGGUACCAUUAUAAUGUGGCUGAUGGAAGAUUAGCCCAACAUGUGGAGAGAGGAAAUGCAGAUGGUUUAUUCAUCAGUUGUGUGUCAUCUUGUUCCAAUCUGUGGGCACUUAUUAUGGAUGCUGGGACUGGUUUCUCAACUCAAGUAUAUGAGUUAUCACCUUUCUUCUUACACAAGGAAUGGAUCAUGGAACAAUGGGAGAAGAAUUAUUACAUCAGUGCUAUUGCUGGUGCUAACAAUGGAAGCUCUCUGGUUGUGAUGUCCAAAGGCACACAAUACACUCAGCAAUCUUAUAAAGUUAGUGAUUCCUUUCCUUUCAAGUGGAUAAACAAGAAGUGGAGAGAAGGGUUUCAUGUGACCUCUAUGGGAACUGCUGGCGCCCGAUGGGCUGUUGUGAUGUCACGCAAUGCUGGCUUCAGCGAUCAGGUUGUUGAGCUUGAUUUUCUUUAUCCAAGUGAGGGCAUCCAUAGACGUUGGGAUAGUGGUUUUCGCAUUACGUCAACAGCUGCUACUUGGGAUCAAACUGCACUUAUCUUGAGUGUCCCAAGGCGCAAACCUGGUGAUGAAACUCAGGAGACCUUGCGUACAUCUCAGUUUCCGAGCACACAUGUUAAGGAAAAAUGGGGGAAGAAUCUCUAUCUGGCAUGUGUGUGCUAUGGACGUACUGUAUCUUGAUGCCUGCUUCCCGGGAAUUGAGAAUGUGGGAUGUGGUUGGAAAUUUGGGUGCUUGUUUGCUUUCUUCUUGAUCUGGUCCUGUAGUAGUAAUUGUACAAAUUGCUGGUAGGAUAUUUGGAUGCUCUAACUGAAGGAUUAUGCACAUAUUUAUACCAGAGGUUUAUGUUUUGGCUUUUCCUCUCACCUCUCUCUAGUCGCUCUUCUUCUUGGUACUGUAUUUGCUGUACUAGUCACAUGGUCGGACAAUACCGGAAAAACGUAAUGUGCCUUGUGGCUUUUGGGUUGAAAGAUUUAUUUGAGUUUUAAUUGUUCAUCA